UAUGUGUCUCUCGUGAUAGGUGUGCUGGUCCUGGAGCCUCCACGCUUCGCAAAUGAAGGCGCUCGCAGGGACCUCGCUGGGAGAGGGGGAAGAGGAGGCGCAGGGACCUGCCCAGGGGCGCCGCCGGCGGCAGCGGCAGAGGACGAGCUGCCGACCCAGCCCCUCGCCUCAGAGGGAGCAGCAGGCAGUGCUGGCCGGGCUCCCCACGUCUCCCGAUGAAGGCAGGAUGAGCAGUCCCCAGGGGCACCCAGACGGGGUUUUGGCUGGGAACGAGCAGAGCGUGGAGUGCGUCGGUGAGGUGCCAGGCACGGGCAGGCAGGAGCUGGCUGUGCACACUGGGGACAGUGACUGGACCGAGGAAGAUGCAGAAACCCCGGAGGAUCCGCUAAUGAUUUUCCCCAGUGAGGUCUCGGUGCUGGAGAGACUAGGCUUGCACGGGGUGGCUUUGACGGAGCAGGAUGUGGAGGCAGCCUUUGCCCACCUCGCCCUGGCUUUUCGCUGUGACGUGUUCACCCUGCAGCAACGGGUGCAGGUGGAGAAACGGGCACGGGACGCAGCAGAGGAAAACAUCCAGGAGGAGCUGGGACAGUGCCGGGCUGCCCUGGAGAGGCUGGGCCCAUCCUGCGCUGAUGCCGGCUGCAAGGAGACGCUGGAGCAGCUGCAGCGCAGCCUGGCUGUGCUGGCGGCUGCCAUCGAGCGGGCAACCAGCGCCGCAGAGAAGCUGGGGGCUGUCCAUCAGGAGGCCCGGAUGAGCCGAGCAGCGGAGGUGAUGGUCCAGCACGUGGAGAACCUGAAGCGGCACCACAUGCGGGAGCACGCAGAGCUGGAGGAGAUGAAGCGCCUGAUCCAGCAAAACUCCCGCAACCGGCAGCUGGCGGAGACCCAGGACGACACGGAGCCACGGCUGAGGCCUCACCCCCUGAUGCGAACUUUCCAGCAGGGGUCUGCCCGCCGCAGAGUCAGCAUCGCCGUCAUCCCCAAGCAGCUCUUGCCAGGUGCCAGCCCUGACAGCCGAGCAGCCCCGGCCAGCGAACCGGAGAGGGAGGGGGCCCAGCGCCGGCCCAGCACCCAGAGGAGCGAGCUGGAGCCACAGGGCCAGGGCAGCGCCGUGACCAGGGAGCCGGCGGCUGAGGCAGAUGGCAGAGGCUCAAGUGCAGGGGAUGAGGAGCCGGAGCAGCUUGGGCUGACGUGAGCAGCACCCUGCGUGUGCCCAGCAUCCCCCCCGCGGCUGCCGGACUCUCUGUGGUCCCACAGUGGCCAGCACGUGGGAAACGGGCUGGGGGAUUUGGUGAUGGAAGGCUGGGAUGUUGCUUGGCUGCCCCAGCUGGACCCUCCUCUGCCUCAGUUUCCCCCGUGUGCUGCGGGUGACCCGUGCCCUCCCUGGGCUUGUUGCCGUUAGGUUUGCAAAAGGGCCAGUGAGGUUUGGGGGUUGAGGUAAAUGCCCUCCUCAUGCCCAGCCGGGGCAGAGGUGGGAUUUGCUCGCCCUCCCUCCCUGGAUGACAAGUGCCACCUUCUCACCAGGUCGAAGGGGUCCCCGGCGGAGCUGUGGCGGCCGUGGCUCUUCCUCCCGCAGCACUACUGGGUUUUCUUAUGGCUGCUUCUCCUGAGCAUCGCCUUCCUCCUCCUCGUCCGUGUCCUGGAGCUGCAGCGGCUGCAGCCUGCGG